CUGUGCUCAAGGUUCAGCCAGGAGCCACGUUCUGCCCUGCACACGCAUUCCCUGGAACGACUUGAGCACAGAGAACAGGACCACAAAGCCUGCCUGGACAAAGCCCCGCUGCAUCUUGAAUAGCACCAGGAAAAGACCUGAGAAUUCUGUGUCCAGUUGCCAAGGGCUCUUCCCACUAUGCAGUGGCUUGUGAGGUUCCGGGUCCUCUGGGGCAUCCACAAAUCUUUCCACGCCUUCCACCCUGCCCCUUCCCAGUUGCGCUGCCAGUCUUUCUCAGGGGUUGGAGCUCCAAAAUGGAAUGACCACGAUGUACCGAAGGAAUUUAACUUUGCAAGUGAUGUGUUGGACUACUGGGCUCAAAUGGAGAAGGAAGGCAAGAGAGGUCCAGAACCGGCUCUGUGGUGGAUAAAUACCCAAGGAGAUGAGAUGAAGUGGAACUUCAGAGAGAUGAGAGACCUCAGCUGUCGCGUGGCCAACGUCCUCACGCAAACCUGUGGCCUACAGCGGGGGGAUCAUCUGACCCUGAUUCUGCCUCGAGUGCCUGAAUGGUGGCUGGUGGCCAUGGGCUGCAUUCGAACAGGGAUUGUCUUCAUGCCUGGGACCACGCAGUUGAAGCCCAAGGACAUUCUCUACAGACUACAAAUGUCCAACUCUAAGGCCAUCGUGACCACAGAUACUCUUGCCCCAGAGGUGGACUCUGUGGCCUCAGAGUGUCCUACUCUGAAAACCAAGCUCCUGGUCUCUGAGAACAGCCUUAAUGGGUGGUUGGACCUCCGAUCGCUGAUUAAAUCGGCAUCCCCAGAGCACACCUGUGUUAAGUCAAAGAUGGAGGAUCCAAUGAUCAUCUUCUUCACCAGUGGGACCACAGGUUUCCCCAAAAUGGCAAAACACAACCAUGGGCUUGCUUUUCGCUCCUACCUCCCUGCAUGCAGGAAUUUAAUGCAGCUGAAGAAAUCUGAUGUCCUCUGGUGCAUGUCAGACCCAGGCUGGAUUCUGGCUGCAGUGGGAGCCCUGUUUGAACCAUGGACAGCUGGAUCUACACUCUUUAUCCACCACAUGUCGCCAUUUGAUCCCAAGAUCAUUAUAAAGGUACUAUUCAAAUACCCCAUCACCCACUGCCUAGCUGCACCAGCUGUAUUUAGAAUGGUUCUACAGCAGAAAGUUGCCAACCUCAGGUUCCCCACCCUGAAGCACUGCUACACCGGCGGGGAGUCUCUGCUGACUGAGGAGUUUGAGCAGUGGAAAAAGCAGACAGGCAUCCUGCUUCGCGAGAUCUAUGGGCAGACAGAGACGGGAAUUACUUGCGGUGUCCUCCAGAAAAUGAAGAUCAAGCAGGGCUCCUUGGGGAAGGCCAUCUCUCCCUUCGACGUCCAGAUCAUCGACAACAAGGGCAAUGUCCUGCCACCCAACACGGAAGGGAACAUUGGAAUCAGGAUCAAGCCCACCAGGCCUGUAGGCCUCUUCAUGUACUAUGAGAAUGACCCGGAGAAGACAGUGGAGGUGCACUGCGGGGACUUCUACAACACGGGGGACAAAGCCACUAUUGAUGAGGAGGGCUACAUCUGGUUCCUGGGGAGGAGUGAUGAUGUCAUCAACGCCUCUGGGUACCGCAUCGGACCCGUGGAGGUGGAGAACGCCUUGGCAGAGCACCCGGCGGUGGCCGAGUCGGCCGUGGUGAGCAGCCCGGACCCGACACGAGGGGAGGUGGUAAAAGCAUUUAUUGUUCUGAACCCACCGUUCCUGUCCCAUGACCAAGAUCAGCUCGUCAAGGAGCUACAGCAGCACGUGAAGUCAGUGACGGCACCAUACAAGUACCCGCGGAAGGUGGAAUUUGUCCCAGAGCUGCCCAAAACCGUCACCGGCAAGAUUAAACGAAGCGAACUUCGGAAAAAGGAGUGGUCAGAUGUAAGCAGCAGUCAAGCCAGGACCGCCCGCCCCUGACCGUGGGAAAAUCCCUGGCGCCCUCAGUUUCCCCAGUACACAGCGGGAUGAAGAGACUGACGAGGAGGGGGCCUCAGAAGAGCUGUGGUCCCAGCACAUUCACCCUGGGAAGUUCAGUCCCCCUGCUGUGAGGCCCUGUUCUUUCGGAGGGCCGGAGUGAGCUCUUAGACUGGGGUUGCAGGUAAUAAAGUCCCGAUGGCCUCAGCCG